AUGGUGGCUCUUUAUUUGUUCCUUUUGCGAGCUCAUUUACUUGAUGAAGACAGGCAGGAUUGGAGUACAGAGGUUGAUCCUGACAGUAUCAAGUUAUAUUCUGCAGCACCUUGCAGAGUUAGGGAAUCUGCCAUUUCUGGCCGCAUUCCAGUAUUGGCGCAAGACCAAGACCUUGGAACAUUUCAAUCAAGCUCUCUGGACAUUUGGAAAGCCAUUUGA